UUGUAGCUUAAGCGCGGAGAGGCGGCGACCGCAGGCAGGAGAGACUGCUGUGUGUGUAGCAGCCACCUCUAGCAGUGGGAGGGAUUGGAGAAGCCCCCAAAGGAGAAAAUGGUCGAUUAGGGCUGAUUCAAGAGGCAAAGCUAGUAAGCUUGAGCCACUGAGAAGGGGAAGCGAACUAGACACAGCGACCUUGUUUUUUGGCCUUCGUCAUCAGAGAGGCUGUUUUUCUGCUGUUGGUAGCGGCAGCUGAUGUUAUUGCAUGAAGCGGAUCUGCGGCUGCAGGACCGGCAAACGCGGCCGCCUCAGCAACAUGCAACUACACCCCCGGAAGGUGGAGGAAACCGAGUGAGGAGGAGUUGCAGCAGCGGCGGGUUCUGCUUUCUCCUUCUCAAUUUGUCUCUGUGUUUCUUUUCCUCCCUGUUUGGGGUUUUGAUCGCCCAGGGGAGGCAAAAUGGAGCCUUUCCCCAGUAGCGAUCGAAUUCUGUUACCUAGGAAUAUGAUUGAAAACAGCAUAUUUGAAGAAGAGCCUGAUGUGGUUGACUUGGCUAAAGAACCUUGCUUGCAUCCAUUAGAGCCUGAUGAAGUGGAGUACGAGCCAAGGAGUUCUCGGCUGCUUGUACGUGGUCUUGGAGAUCAUGAAAUGGAUGAGGAUGAAGAGGACUAUGAAUCAUCAGCCAAACUUCUGGGGAUGUCUUUUAUGAAUAGAAGCACAGGCCUGCGUAAUAACAUAGCAGGCUACAGACAGAGUUCAGAUGGAUCUUGUUCUGCACCAUCUGUAAGGACCACAGUGAUUUGUGCUGUUGUUCUUGUCAUUGCUGUCUCCGUAAUAAUGGCAAUCUAUCUUCUUCCCAAAUGUACCUUUACCAAAGAAGGCUGUCAUAAGAAAAACCACACAAUGGAAGAUAUAUAUCCUUUGGCGACAAACGGAAAGCCCUUUCCAUGGGCGGAUUUUAGACUUCCAGGUGAUGUUGUGCCAGUACAUUAUGAUGUUGUCUUACAGCCAGACUUAACCACUUUGAUGUUUUCAGGUUCUGUUCGGAUAACUGUGAUAGUCCGUCAGGUUACCUGGCACAUCAUACUUCACAGCUCAAAACUUAACAUUACCAAGGCAACUCUUUCUUCAUCAGGCUCAAGCCAGUCAAAGCCAGUGGAGCUUCGGGAAUAUCCACUGAAUGACCAGAUUGCAAUUUUUGCACCAGAGGCUCUCCUCACAGGACAAAAAUACAACAUCAGCAUGGAAUAUUUCGCUAAUUUAUCAGACACUUACUCUGGCUUUUACAGAAUUGCCUAUGACAACGAGAGUUCAACAGAAAGGUGGCUUGCAGCAACUCAGUUUGAGCCCUUGUCAGCAAGGUCAGCUUUUCCCUGCUUCGAUGAACCAGCAUUCAAAGCCACUUUUCAAAUCUCUGUCAAGAGAGAGAAGCAACUUUCUGCUCUAUCAAAUAUGCAAAAGAAAGCAACCAAACCUCUGGCAGAUGGAUUAGUUCAAGAUGAGUUCUAUACGAGUUUAAACAUGAGCACUUACCUAGUAGCCAUCAUUGUUGGAAACUUAGCAAAUUUCACUAAGGAAACCAGUGGGAUUCUGGUAUCUGUCUAUUCUGUGCCACAAAAGUUGCAGCAGACUGAAUAUGCCUCUGAUACAGCCACGAAGCUUCUUCAGUUUUAUCAGAAGUAUUUUAAUAUAACGUAUCCUCUUCAAAAAUUAGAUUUGGUAGCUCUUCCUGACUUUCAAGCUGGAGCUAUGGAAAACUGGGGUUUGAUCACUUUUCGAGAGACAGCACUCCUUCAUGAUAACAAAACAUCUUCAGCAAUGGAUAAAAAGAGAGUAACAGCAGUGAUUGCUCAUGAGCUGGCACACCAGUGGUUUGGCAAUCUAGUAACUAUGGAAUGGUGGAAUGACCUGUGGCUGAAUGAAGGAUUUGCCACUUUUAUGGAAAACUUUGCCAUGAAGGAAAUCUUUCCAGAAUUAUAUGCUGACGACUCUUUUCUAAAUCUACAGUUUAAAACCAUGGAGAAAGAUGCUAUGAAUUCAUCUCACCCCAUCUCCCUUGCUGUCCAGUCAUCCACAGAGAUCGAACAAAUGUUUGAUGCAGUCUCCUAUAUCAAGGGAGCUUCUCUCUUGUUAAUGUUGAAAAACUUUCUCCAUAAUGAUGUCUUCCAAACUGGUGUUCAAAUCUAUUUGCAUGACCACAGCUAUCGGUCCACCCGAAGUGAUGACUUAUGGGAUAGCAUGAAUAAGGUGACAAAUAAAACAGUAGAUAUAAAAAAACUUAUGACAACCUGGACUCUCCAGAAAGGAUUCCCCUUGGUUACUGUCAAGAGAAAAGGCAAACAGAUCUAUCUACAGCAGGAAAAAUUUGUGCACAAUGUGGAAUUGGAAAAUCAGACGUUACCUUCAAGUUAUUUGUGGAGCAUCCCUCUUUCUUACACCAUCAGCAAUGGCACCUCGUUCUUUGGUUCUUACACACAUUUACUAGAUCAAAAAUCAGAUUUCAUUGACCUUCCAGGUGAAACAGAGUGGGUGAAGUUCAACGUAGACUCAAAUGGUUACUAUAUUGUGCAGUAUGAUGAAGGUGGCUGGACUGCUCUAAUUGAACUACUGAAGAAAGAACCCACUGCUCUGAGUUCCAGAGACAGAGCCAAUUUGAUACAUAACAUUUUUAAUCUGGCAGGGGUAGGAAAGGUGUCUUUGGCCAAGGCCUUUGAUCUCAUAGACUACCUAGUGAAAGAAAACAGCACUUCUCCAAUCUUACAAGCAUUGUACCAAAUGAGUCGUAUCUUCAACCUAGUUGAAAAAAGGAGAAUGCAUUACCUUUCAGCCAAAGUAUUGCAUAAGAUGCUAACACUAUUUGGAGACAAGAUUAAGCAACAGAGAUGGACAAAUGAUGGAACUCUGUCAGAACAAGAACUGAAGUCAAGUCUACUAACCUUUGCCUGCUCCCAUAAUUUGGGAGACUGUAGCACAGUUGCUGCCAAGCUGUUUAAUGAAUGGAAGGACUUAAAUGACUCAAAAAGCUUGCCAACAGAUGUUAUGAAGAUCAUAUUCACAGCUGGAGCGAAAACUGAAAUUGGCUGGAACUUCCUUUUAAGCAUGUAUACAUCUUUGGUUUCUGAACCAGAAAAACUCAAAAUCCUUGAAGCACUAGCCAGUACAGAUGAUGUUAGAAAACUGAGCUGGUUAAUGCAAGCAAGCCUGGAAGGAAGCAGCAUCAGAUCACAGGAUCUUCCAACUGUUAUAAGAGUGGCCAGUCAGAAUUUGCCUGGGCACUUACUGGCAUGGGACUUUGUCAAAGAGAACUGGGGUCAGCUUAUAAGGAAGUUUCACCAUGGAUCAUACACCCUCCAAAAUAUUGUGAUUACAACAACUUGUCAGUUCUCGACACAAGAACAUCUGCUUGAGGUUCAGACAUUCUUUGAAUCAAAGUCAGAGGAGACUGCUCAACUGCGCUUUGUCAGAGAGGCCAUUGAGACAAUUCAGCUGAAUAUCCAGUGGAUGGAGAAAAAUUUGGAGAUGCUGGAGAAAUUGCAGUGAUUACAAUUCCACCAGAGCUUCAAUUAGUCAUUUAGAAUGUGGCGAUUUUUGCUGCUUUGCUUUUGCAAAAACAAACAAAAACAGGCAGUGCAACUUUCUUUGUGCUGUGAGAGGGUUUUAGUUAGCUCAGGGUACAUCUCCACCUAAGUUUGCACAUUUUUGAGUGCUUGUGGACUAGAGAGAGUUGCUAAUUUUAAGGGAGUGUUCAUUCAUUGACCAAACAUUCACAAAACAAGAACAAUAACUUGUCGUGGAACUCCCUUCCAUCAUAGGAAAAUCCAGUUCUAUUUUCUACAAAUUGAAUGACAGCUGAACAUAAAAGAGCAGCUAAAGAAGAACUUUCCUGUGAGCUGGUUUUUCUUUGCAAGGUGCUGUUUAAUCAGCCUUCCGCAUUAUUAAUGGUUUCUUGAAUGGUAAACAGUGUACCUGCUGUGUAAUCGUUUUUUUAAAUUACCAUGAUUAUAAGCAGCUGUAAGACACCAAUAAUGGAGGUGAACAACAAAAGUGAAAAUAUUGGAUUUUGAGGACUCUAGGUUUUCAUUUAUCAAAGUAAUUUCUAGACAUUAUGCAAAUAUGAGAAAUAAAAUAAUUAUUGGUAGGAAUCUUUUAUUUUUGUCUGUAACAUGGCUGUGUGCUAUCAUGUACUGAACAGCACUUGUGCAAAUAGCUUUUGUUGGAUGGGGAAUAUAUUAUGAUGGAGUUUUCAGUGAGUAAUUAGAAUAAAUUAGAUACGAUUUUGACUCCUAUCUCACUAGGUACUUAUGAAAAUCCUAAUUUCUAGUGGUGUUUGCCAGCAUUAUAGGACAGAGGGUACUGAUUGUUCUGGCUGAUUUGAUAUUUUUACCACUGUUUUGACUUAAUACGCUUCACCCAGAAGAUCUUCAUUAAUGCAUGUUGUGGAACCUUGUUAAUCUCCAUUUUUCUAUGCUAUAGAGCUCCAGUUCUAUGUUAUGUUAACCCAAUACUGGAAAGCUCACUUCAUUUAGUCAUAAGUUGUCCUGUGAUUCAGAAACAGCACUAGGUUUAAGUUGAUAACUUUGGAACAAAUGAUCCAAACUAAGGAAAACUGCCAAAGGUGUACAGUUCCAGUUGUUUUAAAUAACUUUGGGCUCCCAAGAAGAAAGUUGUCAUGAUUAGAUCAACAGAAGCAUUCAGAACGAAAGAAACCCGUCUUCAUGCUUUCAGUGCAUAUUCCAUCUAUAUUGAUUCACAAUGUGCAAUGAGAGGAGAGUUAUCACUUAGGGAAAUGUAGCUGUUACUACUUCUGAAUAUCUAAUAGACUGAAGGCAAAUUCUUCAAUCUUAAGUAGUUCAAUUUCUAAAAUUGAAUAGAAAAUUCUCAUCUUCCAGUGGAAAAAAAAUUACCCUACAUUCAUUCUUUGAAUGGGAGGAAAGACCAUCCAGAAUUAUUGUCAUGAUCUCUGGUUGUUUGUGAAUGUGUGGCUGGCUGGCUAUGCUUUCUCUCUUUUUUGUAGCCUGUACUUAAGUCAUUUGACUUUGUCCUCUGCCCUUCCCCUUCUUUCAAUGUGUUCAUGAUGAGCAAAAUUAUGUGGAAUAGUUAGUUGCUCCCUUGAUUCCUUUGUUUGGGGGGGAUCACUGGACCCUGUCCUAUGAUCAUAUAUGUAUAUAUAGAUGUGCUUGCUACUGGAAAUGUGAACUGUACUUGAAAUAUAGUGCACCUGUCUUCUAGAAUUAAGCAUAUAUUGCUUAAAUUAAAGCACUGUUGCAUUAAGAAUAUUUUUCAAUUAUUUAUUUUUUUAGUAUGGAUUUUGUAUUAUGUAAAACUUCCUAUUUAAACAAUAUUAAUCAAAAUUGUUUGCCCAUGUUUGGGCCCUGGAAUUUAACCUGCAGUAGAAGCUAUAAGAACUCAUCUAUCUUCCAUAAAAGUCAAGUGAGAUCAAGUGCUGACUACCUUAAUUAGCUAUCCAAUUCACUGCAUUUGGAGGAGUUAGAUUGCCCCUACUACUAUUACUUCCUCUUUUGCAAUUUCAAGCCAUAAGUGGCAGCUCACAGAUAUUGUGUCUUGUGUUUACCUAAUCUUAAUCUGUUUUGUGGUCUCUUUCAGGAAAAAAAUGCACUGUAAUAAUAGAUAUAUUUUCACGAGUUGAAUGAUACAAUUGUCUACUGUGUUUAAGACAAAUCCAGGGCUGAUGUCUCAUUUGGGUUUAUUCCUUAAUGGUAACAUCUCAGUUCCGUUACAGAUUCUUGGUUUGGAAAGGCCUGCCGUCCAGACCAAAGCAUUUAUGCCCUACUCUAUAGUGUCCUAUGUAUGAGACACAUCCAUUAGUUUGUCUGGCAGAUAAACAUGCGUUUCAGAUUUCUUUUUUCAGAUUGUCUUUCUAAAAUCAACCACUUCUGUGUAGAAAUGCACUGCAAAAAUUUGUGUAUCCUCCCUUCCCCUUUUGAUAUUCAGCUUUUUUAGGUUUUGGGAUUUUAUAUGAAAGGAAUCUGAAUGGGAUCAAACUUGGUUGUGUUUUUAAAUCAAAUAAUAAUGGUUCAUGUGCCUUAAAGUAUAUUAUCAUUGCAAAAUGAAUAUGUUAGUAAUAUAUAAAAAGAACUUAUUUGUUUAAAAACCUUCCUUAGACAAUUCUCUUAGGCUAUACUAUAAUUAUGUGCUCACUCAGUGAAUGAAAGUUGUUGCUUAAUCUAUAUUCAGAAUGACUAAAGUACCUUUUACUCCUUUUGGGAUUGGGAGUCAGAUUAUCAUGAUUCGUAGUUUUGUGGUGCUCCAGAGUGCAGCCAUAGAGCUUUAAAGCAUGCAGUGAUUUGCCUGCUCUCUCACGUGUUAGGAAAUGUGUUGUGCACAUGACACUGAAAACAGAGAAACAUGUUUCUCUGUAUGUAUGCAUCCAAACCCUGGAUUUGGGAAAUCCAAAUAGUCUAGAUUAGCCAGUUCAUAGGUAGCACCUCUAGCUGUUUUGUCUCCACACAAUUUAAGCACAACUUUAAUAUUCCAGUGUUAGACGUUGUUUUUCCCAUGGAUAAACAUUAUCCAGCUAUUUAAACUUAUAUACACACACAUACAGGGACAUCUAUGUACCCUGCACACAAUGUCUGCAAAUAGAGAUUUAUCUUCUGUAUAUUUUCCUUAAAUAACCUCUAGGCACAGAAUCGUCCAGUGAUGUCCACCCACUUAGUGUGAUGCCAUGUAAGAAUUCAGCUGUUCUUCUUUCAGAUAUUGGGGAUAGAGAUAGCAGGGCAGGUAAUGUUAGAAGGGCCACCAGCCACUGCUCUUCCCCCAUGAGUUUAAUGAAAGCAAGAUGGGAGUGCAUAAAGGGCUUAAGACCCCCUUAGUUGGAGCAAACUUCUUAUUUCUGAUAUGAUUGCCAGGAGAACAGAGAUGACUGCCGUUUAUCAAAUGUUUUUAAUGGGUGGUACAAAAGUUUCUGUGAAGUUCUUUCCAGCCAGUUAACACAUGGAAGCCAGAAUCUGAAGGUAUCAAGCUUGAGCACUUAGAACCGUACCCCUAAAACAAAGGGAGAAUGUCUGGUACUUAUAAACAAGUGUUAAUGUAGUAUCUAAAAAUAUUUUGAGCUCCUGUGCAACCUUCAUGUAAUUCUGGAAAACACCACUGAGAACUAGUAUCCUUUCAUUUUUGAAACUUCUGAACGGAGGAGAAACUGGUGGAAAAAUGAAGCUAGUGUUGUGCAACAUUUUUUUAAGAAUUCCCUGAAGCUGUUGCAGUAGCUAAAAAAUGUUUAUACAGACUCUAUAUUAAAGUUGUUUAUAAAUGCCAUGGGACACUCCAUCCGUUUGUCUUUAGCUUUAGAUACAAUUUGGAAAGGGGGGGGUGCAACAUAGCCAGCCUAUUUGAAAUCUCUUAUAGCCAAAGGAAUGAUAUAUUCUCUCAGAAGCGUAAAGCUUCUUAUAUUAGCCAACUCAGUGUCAACAUGGCUGAAGUUAAUCUACAUUUAUGUUCUCACAAAGCUACUGCAUACCUGCAUUUUCAUUGUCUUUGUAGCACUGUGGGGAGGGGGGAGGUGUAGUGAGGGAGAUGGCAUUUUUGUAAUGGAUCUUGUUUCUUUAAAAAGUUGCCUGUUCCAUUACAUCUUGCCAUAUGUGAACUCAGACAUGCAUUGUAAGGAUAAUACUCUAAGGAAUAUGGCCUUAAUUUUUCCUUAGUAGCACCAUGCUACAGGAUGCUGACGUUUGAACUGAUUUUGUAUUUGUAUAACUGCGUAUCUAUCAACUGUUCUCUAUUAGAACAUUCCUCCUUCUGAUAGAUUGGCUUUCUUAAAUGUCUUCUGGAAGAUGUUAUCUUUCAUUGCACUCUGAAAUUUAAAAUGUCGCCUCAUUUUAGUGUACAUUUUUGUUUGUAUUUCAUGAACUGAGAUGCCAAUGUUGGUUGUGUUAAUUUCAAUUUCAAAAGCUGACUUUGCUUGGAUGUCUAAUAAUGCCCCUUUCCUGUGUGCACACUUCUUAAAAAUUCAUAGGUACACUCUCUUCUUUAUCUGAUGCUUUGACAUAAUGCUACUAAAUGUUUACAAUGCUUUAUUCUUUAUUUAAUGAGAUGUUUAAAGUUUUAAUCACCUUAAAUAUUUUUGCCAUGCUACGUUCUCAGGUCUUAGUCUUCAAGAACUUAAACCUCCUAUAAAAUUGCUGUGUUACUUUAAACCUGCUGUUUCGUAGUAGAAAUUCAGAUCUUUACACAUAACAACAUCUCUUUGAUCAAAAGCAAUGGUCUGGCAUCUUUUUUAAGUUAGUCAUGGCACCAUGUAGCAAAUUACUGUAAAAAUCUAAAAUAGUUACCUUUUUAAAAAAUGUUGGAAUGGUAUGAUGAAAUUGGAAUGGAUGGUUGAAAGCCACUAAAGUAUUUUAAUUUACAAAAGCUUUUUAAAAAGGAGUGGAUUUGAUAUUAAAUUUGCACCAGAACAGUGGAGAGGUCUGUAGUUCUAUUGAUAACAACAGGUUGGCUUUAAUAAUGGUAACAUCAAAGUAGUUUUGGAAUAUCAAUUGUAACAGGAAUUUGAAAGGGGAUUACACAUCUGUGUUUGUAUCUUCAAUUUUCUCUAGAGCUGUAAUCAGCAAAACAGUAACACCAAGUUGUAUAAUAUUACCUUGAGGAGAAGGAUUUUUGAAAAUUGUGUGUAUAUGUACAUAUAUACGCAUUAUAUGCACAUUUUUUGUUUUCCUUGAUUUGUAAAGGAGAAAUAAAGCCUAUUUUCUUAUACUUCAAAUAAAAUGGUGUGCAUAUAACCAGCACUGAUUGAAGGGCAUGUGUACUGCAAACACUGUUUUUAUUGGUGAAAUGAAAAUAAAAUCUUUUAAAUACAAA